CACAGUCUGCAGCGGGCGCGCGCCCCGGCCGCCGGCAGCCACCACUCACUCCACACCAGACGCUCACAGCCGCCAUGCCGGCGUUCCCAGCGAGACUGGCGCCGCAGCCCCGGUCCGUCGCCAUCGUCGGAGGCGGGCUGGUGGGCUCUCUGAGUGCUUGCUUCUUUGCGAAGAGAGGAUUCCAGGUUGAUCUCUAUGAGUACAGAGAAGACAUCCGGCGGACGGAGCACGUGCGCGGCCGGACCAUCAACCUGACGCUGUCGGCGCGCGGCCAGGCGGCGCUGCGGCGGCUGGGCCUGGAGCGCGCCCUCGUGGCCGAGCACGGCGUGGCGCUGCGAGGCCGCAUGGUGCACCACGCCGCCGGCGCCGGCGCCGGCGCCCUCACCGCCGUGCCCUACGACCCCGUCGACAACCAGUGUAUAUACUCUAUCAGCAGACGUUACCUCAACGAAGUUUUACUGACAGCCACUGAGAAGUAUCCCAAUGUGAGGCUGCACUUCAGGCAUAAACUCGUUGCAAUCAACUUCAAGGAAAACCAGAUGACAUUUCAAGUUGGCGAGGAGAACUCGCAGGUGCAGAGGUCCGCGUCGCUGGUGGUGGGCGCGGACGGCGCCUUCUCCGCGGUGCGCCGCCAGAUGAUGAAGGCGCCGCUGUUCCAGUACAGCCAGCGCUACAUAGAGCACGGCUACCUCGAGCUCUGCAUACCGCCCACCGCCGACGGAAAGUUUGCAAUGGCUGAGCAGUACCUGCAUGUUUGGCCCCGAGGUUCCUUUAUGAUGAUCGCCCUGCCCAACCAGGACUGCUCAUGGACUGUAACUCUCUUCAUGUCCUUCAAACAAUUUGAAGCACUUGACACGACCAAAGCACUGCUAGACUUCUUUGGACAACACUUUCCUGAUGCACUGCCACUCAUUGGGACUGAGCGGUUAAUCAAGGACUACUUCUCCACAAAGCCUUCACCACUCAUCUCCAUUAAGUGCAAUCCCUACCAUGUUGGCAGUUCAGUCAUUAUAGUUGGAGAUGCAGCCCAUGCAAUGGUUCCCUUUUAUGGACAGGGAAUGAAUGCGGGUUUUGAAGAUUGCUUAAUACUUGACAACUUGAUGCAACAGUACAAUGAAGAUUUCUCUAAAGUUCUUCCUAAAUAUUCAGAGAUAAGAAACAAAGAUGCAGAAGCAAUCUGUGAUCUAGCAAUGUACAAUUACUAUGAAAUGCGAGACCUAAUGAACCACAAAUCAUUCUUAUUGAGGAAGAAAUUGGACAAUGCACUCUACCAAAUAAUACCCAAACUAUGGAUUCCACUGUACAUAUCAGUUACAUUUACUAGUGAAGGAUACUCCUGGUGCCUGAAGAACAAGUAUUGGCAGGAUAAGGCAAUACGUGCUGUUCUCGGGGUUUUUGGCAUGAUAAUGCUGUUAGUGGUAGUAUUAUUUAUAUUCUUUUUUAUUCAUGCUAUUAUUGAAACACCCUGUAAACUUUUUAUUGUACCAGAAUUAUGACACAAUAACAUCAGAUUUCCAGGCAGAAAUCUUGCACUGGCCAACAAACACUGCCAAAUUCAACAAAGUCAAGUCUGUGAUAAUAUAUUAUUUACACUGCCUCAUAUAUCACCCCAAGUGAUUCACUUACAUGAUACUAUUGUUCAUGCGCAACACAUUCCCAACACAAAAAGCUCAGAAUACUGCUCAUUUACACAGUGUGUAUUUAUAGCAACAUUUUCUUAAUAUUGUAUAUGUUUGAUGCUUUUUGUUAAAUUUGUGGUAAAUACAUUGUUAUUACUGUAAUAAAUCAAUUCACCAAAAAUACCAUUACUAAAAUAAUAAAG